AUGGCGGACGAGCAGCCUGUCCCCAAGCCCGAAGCGGCUGAGCAGCUGAACAUCAAGGUGAAGGACGCCGACGGCAACGAGGUAUUCUUCAAGGUCAAGCGGACUACCAAGCUCUCGAAGCUGAAGCGCGCGUACGCCGAGCGUAUGGGCAAGCCCGAGAACAGCGUGCGCUUCAUCUUUGAUGGCCAGCGCAUCGGUGACGAAGACACGGCGGACUCGCUCGACAUGAACGACCAGGAUGAAAUUGAUGCAAUGAUCGAGCAGCUCGGCGGUUGGUAG